CGCCAACGCAACUCUUCACUCCGCCGCUCCGACAAGCCUACUACCUUCGACGCCGCUCUCCGCCUUAAGGGUAGCGCCACUCACAGCACAAUCACGCACCGUGCUUGAUACCAAUACCCUUCCGCCAAGAUGCGCAUGUCAGUAUUGGGCGAUGCCCUCAAAACGCUCGCGAACGCCGAAAAGCGCGGCAAGCGCCAGGUGCUCCUACGCCCGUCGUCCAAGGUGAUCAUCAAGUUUCUGCAGGUGAUGCAGACCCACGGCUACAUCGGCGAGUUCGAGGUCGUCGACGAUCAUCGCGCGGGCAAGAUCGUCGUCAACCUUAUCGGCCGCCUCAAUAAGUGCGGCGUCAUCUCGCCUCGCUUCGAUGUUUCCGUUAACGAGAUCGAGAAGUGGGUCACCAACUUGCUCCCGUCCCGUCAGUUUGGUUUCAUCAUGCUCACCACGUCCUACGGAAUCAUGGACCAUGAGGAGGCCAGACGAAAGCACACUGGAGGCAAGAUCCUUGGCUUCUUUUAUUAGAAGCAUACUCGGCUGGCACUGACUGCGUUGCAUAUUUCAUUUCUUCGGCCUCCGAGUAGAUAGAGCUUCACGGAAAGUAAAUCGUGUCUGUUGUUGUCUG